CCGCCGCCGCACGGCACCGUUCCCGCGCGCGGUGACGCCCGCCUUGCCGUCGUCGUCGCUGUCCGACCCAGCCUCGUGGUCCUCCAAUUCAUCAAAGCUCCCGCCCCGCAGCGUGACGUAGACGAGCGAAAUGCACGUGACCACACCGCCCCACAGCACGAGCGUCCGCAUCGCCGCCGUAUCCCUAAAAGACGCGUCGCCGCGCCACGCGUACCGCACGCGCACGGCCGGCAGGAACGCCGCCGGCGCGACCCUAUCUAUAUCCGAGUUGCCGUCGCGCCGCCGCCGCUUCUCGUCGCGGCGCGCCUGCUUCCGAUCUACUUCGCCGUAGCGCGCGCGCGCAUCAAUAGAGACGAUCUGCGACCCGUCGUGCGUCAGCGUCACGUCGACCGAGGUCAGGUUCCGGCCGUUCUCCAUCAAACGGAGCCACGGCGUCGCGGCGGCGUCGGCGGACAGGGCCAGCUCGACGGCGUCGAGCGGGGCGCCGGCCUCGGGCAGGGGCACGCCCCGCAGCGCCCGGUCGGAUUUGACGCGGAAGCGCGGGCUCGCGGCCUCGCGGCAGUCGCUCCAGGCGGUCUCGGCGCCGCGCAGCCGGCUCCGCGCGCGGAGCCGCACGCCGUCGCCGUAGACGUAGGCGCUCGCCGUCGAUGCUACGAGGAGCAGGAAAGCGGCCGCCAUGCGACGCGUUCGCGAUCGCGUCUGCAGAGGCUGGCUCAGCUCAGGCACCAGAGAGAUCGCAGGCGUGCUUUUCGCAGCGUUUUCUCCGCAGCAGCGGUUGACCACCGAUGCCUGCUGUUCACUGCUGCUGCGUUAAUCAGCUGUGAGCUGCACAGCCCGCCGCAAUCAAUCGAUCUUUGCCAUGCGAAAACCCGUUACUAG